UCAGGAAAAUUUGUAAAGAUGGCGGCCCACAGCGGAGGUGUAGAUUGGGCUGCGAUCGCUAAACCGAUUUUGUCAUCAAACUACGGAAAUUUAAGCAAAACGGAUGUAUUGAAUAUAAUCAAGGCCAUCUUGAGAAGUGAAAAUGAUUUCUGCGAACAUGAUCCGGCAUAUGGACAAUUCUAUAUGGCUUUUUCGUCAUUGGCUGCCGAUACAAUUAGCGGACAAUGCAAUUUGGUAUGCCAAACUCAAAUACCACAAAUGCUGGAAGCCAGCAGUAUUCUUAUUCGUCACAUAUUGAGCCGAUUAAGUAGCUCAACAGUUUCCGAGAUUAAAUGGUUAUUGCCACCCCUGAAGGCUCUUUGUGAAGGAAAACAGCAAACACAGGGAUUCGAUCAUGUUGUUCUUGCGUCUAUUCUGAAGAACUCCAAGUUUCCAGAACACACAAAGAGCAACGUCAGCGGCAGUGAUAAAGAUAGCCCCAAAUCAGAGAUGAAAAGGUCAAGAUCCGACUUGUCGACGGUGAUCUUACAACAGCUAACGACUCCAUUGAGUGCAGCAAAUAUUUCAAAUACUUGGGCUCCGUUAAGCGAGGAGCUAACAGAUUGUACGCAAUUAUUUGCAACGACAAACAUUUCUAUUAUGAAAGCGCAAAAUGCAGGCGACAUAUUACUUAAUGUUUGCACAAAUUUACCAGUUUUGUCUCGCUACAGAUUGAAAUACGAAGAGAGUGCAUUGAUGGGAAAACCCUUGUAUUUGCCACUUAGUGCAACAGAUGCAACUCAGAUAAAAAAUUGUCUACCACAAAUGUCAGCGGAUAUAUCAAUCCUAGCACAGGCACUGUCUCUGCCUGUUCUUGAACCAUUGACGCCAAGUAAAAUAAGCCAAUUGUCGCAGUGUGCGAUGUCGGCGCUCUAUUGUGCCGUCCUUGCAUCGAUUUCGGGAAGUGUCAUUUCGAUGGUGAGCUCAUCAUCUCAGAAGUUCCAGCAGGGAUCUGGAUCAGCAACGCAAAUUGCUAAAGAUAGUGAAGAGGACGAUCAUGCCCGAACGGUCGUAGACAAGGCUCUAGAGAUAUACACAACGAUUGGAAACAUUUUCAAAAAUUCGACUAGGGGUCAUAUCUAUCAAAACCAUUUGUGCUUUGGAGCUUGGCUGCUAAUAGCUGGAAUUCAAGGUGCAAUGGGUGCUUCUGGUGGAUCCAGUUCAAAGCAACAAUCAGCCGAUGAAGGGGCAAAGGGGAAAAGUCCAUCACGUGGAGCAGAGCAGCAAACUCCUACCGCCCGAGUAAAUUUAUUCAAAGUCCAGCAAGGUUUUGGAGUCCUUAAUGCAGCGAUAGCGCGACAUAGUCUACUAUUAUUGACUGAACUCAUUGAGGAUCUGAAUAUUGAGUCACGAUCUAAUGACGAUCAGGGAUCUAUGGGGUUGUCUCUACCUGAUCCGGCUGGUUUUGAUAUAUUGGAGCAAUACUCCUCAUUGCAAAGAGUAAUUAGAGUAUUGAGCUCAGCUACGCUGCAGCAACUUUUGACUUUCUUGGCUACAGUAUCGUAUCGAAAGGCGUGCAUGAUGAAGCGUGCAAGUGCAAAAGAACGGAAUGAUGGCGAUCCAAUAAGUUAUAGCGAUUCGACAACAUAUUUCAACGAUACAUCCUCUUGCUCAGAAGAUUCGGAAACUGAGGAGGAAGACAGUGAAAGCUAUUUAGGGUUGUGGUUUAAGGAGACUUUGUCGCCGGAAGCACAUGAUGAUCAGAGUGAGAACGUUCCACAAGAAAAGAGUGAGGAAACACAGAAAUCUAACCUUGUCCCUGCGAAGGAUGAACCACAUGAAUAUCUAGAGUUGUCUGCUCAAAUUUUCGCUUUUCUCGAUCAAUCACUUGGAACAAAUCAUAAAUAUCUCAACAAAUAUGUGAAGUCAGGACUUAGCGAACAACAAAUGAUAUUGCUUGCAAAUAUAUUAAAGGACCUGGAUCGUGAUGCUGCCAGAGGUGAGCCCGAAAAUUCGACUUGCGCCCAAUGGCAGAAUGCCAUGAUUAAAUUCUCCGGAGCGCUUGGUAGAUAUUUGCAUAACUUGAUAUCCGCAUCGUUGCUGAAUGAAACAUUGCAGUCAUCUUUGUUGUUACAUCUCGGGGUCUCGCCGUGGACACAGGAUAACGUUUGGCCCCUGCAAGUAUAUUCGCGAACAUUAUCGGUACUUGUUCAGAUUUUGCUCCUGAAACCUACGCAAGAGAAAGAAGCGGCUUGUCUAUCUGUGUGGCAUCGUCUUGUUAAUACUCUUGUUGAGGGAGUUUGCUCCAGUAGUAGUCAUACAUCGCCUCUCGACACAGAUUAUGAGGAUUUGAAUGUCGAACACGCACAACUUCUGCUGUUCCUUUUCCAUUCACUGAAUUUGAUGCAGAAGAAAUCUAUUCUGCUUUUGACUGCUGGGGGUGUGAUUAGAUGUGCGGAAGUUUGCCGCAAUCUCACGGCUGAGAAGCCUUUACGUGAUCACCAGUUGAUGUUGCUUUCGAGGCUUCUGCUGUUUCUUGAGUAUUUAAUGAAACAUUUGUAUAAUGCGCCGACAGUUUUGUUGGAGCAAGUUCGCUGGAAUCUAUUUAGUGUGAUUACCUUAGAUGCUAACCAGAAGGUGACGGACUACCUAAAUAAUAAAACGAAGUUGAUGUCCUUCUGUCGGAAGGAUAUUGAAGAUAAGCAUAAGAAGUUGGCGCCCGAAUACGCAAGUGGUGUAAGACCGAAAUUUUAUUCCUUGGCCGUAAUUGACACGAAUGUGCAACAAGAAUUCAAACUUGACGGUCUUGCAUGGAACUUUAUAUUAUGCACACCGGAUAAACUUAAAUACCCAUUGUUGGUGGACGCUCUCAUCGAUAUCUUGUCCGUAACCGAUAUUUGUGUUGGUGGGGUUCCUUUCCACACAUUGUGUGCGGUUCAUUAUUGCUUCAGUCUGUGCUGGAAGUUGCUGCUUGGUCUGCCUCCCUCCACACCACAUGUAGAAGCACUGAUGCUUGAUAAGGUCCCGAAUUUGCACUCCUUGGUUUGGUCAAUCAGAUGUCGUCAUCCAUCGGGAACUUCUCAUUAUUUGAUCGUCAACAGUUUGAUAAAGCAAGGGAUGUACACACAAUACGCCGAGACUUUAUGGAGCAAAGUAACUGAGCACGUCAGCGACAUCAAAUAUAGCUUGAAGCAAACACUUUCGGGACUAGAAGUGUUUGUGAAAUCAUUCAAUAUUCAAGCUCCACGAAUGUCAAAAGUUCUUCUUUUGGAUGCGCUAGUUUCUCACAUGCAUGCCAUGUGCUGGGCCGAGAAGGAGGGUUUCAAGCCUCCGAAACCAGCAGCCACUACUGUCAGUGGUGCCACGGUAACACCCGCAAUCUCAUCCUCUUCAGCUCAAUCUUCUGCAACAAACACAGAUCAAGCGAGCGGUACUUCAACUUCGGGCAGCUCUCCAUCCUCAACAGAGUCGAAACAUAGCCAGGACAUAUCCCGAGACGAUCUCACUAAGGAAGUGAUCUUAAAACUAUUUGAUGUCAUUGAACUUAUCCGAGACUGUAUGUACAAAACAAUGGAUAAAGGGUUGUCUGGAACAAUUCCAACAAAUCUCCUGGACAGUCUAAUCGCGAUCUCCAGUUCAAAGAGCACAUAUUGCACGGAUAUAUCUACGCAAUUUUUAAAUUUACUUUCUGGAGCUGACAAAGAGGUGAUUACGGUAGAAUGGAAGAAAAGUUUGAACGUGCAAGGAGAGGAGUGCUUCAGGUCGAGCAUGUUCCCCGUUGAUAUCCACACGCUAUCCGUUAUCGAGGCGCAUUUAGGAGAAAUUUCAAAGCAUUCGUCGUUCUCCAUUUUACUUUCCCUGAAACAUUCUUUGAAAUCAGCCUUUUAUCUGCUAAACCAUUUGCUCCCGUCAUGCAAGCAGGAUUCAGUUGUUGUGCAAAGGAUGAAGGGCUUGGUCGUGCCGAUGCUGUUUGAUAUAAGAUGUGAAUAUCUCUACGAGAUUGGGUGUAAGAACGUAGAAUUGAUCCUGGGAGCAGAUGUUGGUUCGGAGGGCUGUCGAUUCCUCGCCUACAAAUCAAUUUUAGAAAACUCAUACCGAGUUCUUAUUGAAUAUGCCGAGCUCUCUCGACAGGGAUGCGAUUUGAAUUUGGACGAAGCUAUUCUCUACACAAUUCUGAAACAGUGGGAACUUAUGCUAGAAAAACCUAUGGGUCUUACAGCGCUGCAUGAUUUCUUCUGUGUCACUAAAAGCGAAUCUUUGGUUGAAGUGCUUCUAUCGUUCACAAACACACAGAUGUCUCAACUGUACGCAACAAAAGUCCUCCAGUUCUUCGAAAAGUUAUUACAGACCGUGGAGAAGAAUGGUUUGCAAUUCAACAUGGAGCAACUGGCCAGUUGCAUUUCAGGGCUAGGGCAAGUGGACAAUGCGAAACUAAAGGCGUGGUUAAGUCACAUUUUGCUUGGUCCUGGGAACACCAACCAAGUCCAAAUUUCGAGCGUGACAUCAAGUAAUGCCCAAACACCUACAAAUAUGGCAACUGUCUCGGCCAUACCAAGUAUUUCUGACCAAAUAAUGCAGACGUCAGAAUUAGGACUUGACCCUGAUGCAAUGGAAAUCGAUGAGGAAUGUAGUGGCGCAGCUGCGAUUGCUGAGACUGCUGGAAAUACAGGAGGCCAAUCAACAAGCGCUUGGCAAGGAAAUAGUUGCUUCACCAAUAGAUCCGAUACACCACCGAACGAAGAGUGCAUGGAAAAGAACGGACGCCUCCUGCAAAGUAUAACGAAGUAUUUCGUUUCUGAAAGCAAAAUUCCAUCGGCUGUUCCCGGAGCACUUUUCCGAUCCCUAAUCCAACUCGGACAGAAUUUGCUGCUGCCAGCUCAAGACGCUUUGGAUUUCACCGAUUUAUUACAAGUUAUGGUAACCUUAGCCGAUGCUGGAAAGGGCAAAGGUCACUCUCUGCUUUUUGCAGCUACAAUAGACUGGUUAGAAGUUUCGAAAUACCACGUUCUCGACAAACCAGUUGUCUCGAAAUCACAACAAUUGACCUAUACGAAGUCGUCGGUCGCAUUGGAAAAUGUUAGUUCACUACUGCGCUACAUGAACGAUCUUCUCCAAGGAAUGGGAUACAAAGGAUCUUCAGCCCCGCCAUGGGAAGAGGACGCACAACCCGAAUUCGAAGAUUAUAUUGAUGAUAUGGGCUGUGAAGAUGACGAUAGCGCCGUGGAAGAUUCAGAUGAGGACAGUUUGGGCAAUAAGCUUUGCACAUUCUCCCAAACCCAAAAAGAAUUCAUGAAUCAGCAUUGGUACCAUUGUCACACCUGCAAUAUGGUCGAUAGUGUUGGAGUAUGUUCUGUAUGUGCACGAGUUUGCCAUAAAAAUCAUGAUGUUACCUAUGCAAAGUACGGAAAUUUCUUUUGUGAUUGUGGCGCGAAAGAGGAUGGAUCUUGUCAAGCUUUACGUCGCAGAGUAUCGAAUUCUUCAUAUCACGAAGCAACUAAUUCUUCAGCAAGUUCCGCUCCAGCGAAUGCAUCUGAUCUGGAGCAAGCUGGAGCAUCGUCUUCGGUAGCAACCAAACGCUCCGUGCAAAACACACCCUCUCAAUCGUCGAAUCAGCAAACACAUAAGACCGAAGUCGCCAGCGAACGUACAUAUCACAUGGCGAAAGUUAUCGAGGCUUCCAAAGAUCAGCUCAACAAUCAGGAGCAAUGGAAAUCGGUUGUACGAUGCAUUUUGGAAUUCUUUGAGAUGCUCUUACCCUCAGUUCGUGAUAACUGUGCAUUGUAUUCGACGGUUGGAUGUCACUCUCGAGCUAAACGUGCUCUAGAACGGUUGCAUCAGCAAGAGAAAAAUUUCUACUUGAAUGAUCAAAUUAUGGUCGCAACUCUAGGUUCGCAGGAAGGAGCCUUCGAGAAUGUUCGAAUGAGUUAUUCUGGUGAGCAAGGCCAAACCAUCAAGCAACUACUAUCGUCGGGCCUUGUGAGAAGGGUAGCGCUUUGUUGCUUAUCUUCACCACACGGUAAACGGCAGCACUUGGCCGUAUCGCAUGAAAAGGGCAAAGUUACUAUUCUACAACUUUCUGCAUUGCUGAAACAAGCUGACGCGGCCAAACGCAAACUUACCUUAACGCAACUUGCCUCUGCGUCCAUCCCUUGCACAAUCCUUACGCUUACUGCAAAUCCAGCCAACGAGGACUGUCUUGCUGUUUGCGGUUUGAAAGAAUGUCACAUCCUGACGUUCUCUAGUACGGGGGCGGCAACGGAACACAUCGUCCUAACUCCUCAACUUGAAACCGGUAACUUCAUAAAGCGAGCUAUUUGGCUGCCUGGCUCUCAGACGAAACUGGCCCUAGUGACGGCUGAUUUCGUGAAAAUCUACGAACUAGCGGAAGAUACAUACAGCCCGCAAUAUUAUUUCCUGGUUGCUGUCGGAAAAAUUCGCGAUUGUACUUUCGUUUACAAAAAUGGAACUUAUCACAUGCUGCUCAUUGCAUCGUCCGGAUACAUUUACACACAACCACUGGACGAAGAAAGUUUAGCGAAGCACGGUGACUUCUAUGUAACGAACACUUUAGAGCUGAAUCAUCCGCAAGACAUCAGCGGACAAAUCGGAGGAGGAGGAGUUUCAAUUUAUUACUCCCAUACCAUGCAAAUGUUGUUCUUCAGCUACUCGUUGGGGAAGAGUUUCAUGGCUCCAUUGACAGAUGUGAACGAGGGCGUGAAAUGCGUCAUACAACUACAAGUUGGUUCAUCGAACUCCAAAGUAUCAUCGAAAGGACCCAUGCAACCACUAUGCCAAUGGACCGAAAUUCCAGGUCAUCCUGGUCUUAUCUGUGCAAUGAUGCACACAUCGAAUAAUCCAGUGAUCUUUAUGCUGAAACCAGACUCAGUUUAUGUUCAAGAAAUCAAGGCUCAAAGUUCCAAGAGCAAAAUAAUGGACAUGGUCGCAAUUCGCCAUACAGUGUCAGGCACUGAAAAAACAACAUUGAUCCUCCUUUGCGAAGACGGAAGUCUCAGAAUUUACACAGCUCAUGUAGAGAAUACAAACUUCUGGUUAUCACCAGAAGUACAACCGAUUGGAAACCAAAUGUACACAGCAUCCUCAUUUGUGAAGCCAUCGCGAAAGAGCAGGAAGAGUUCUGGCAAAUCGCAUGGCCCUCAUCAGAAACUAAGCAGUUCAGGCUCUUCCCCAACUUUCCCCAUCGACUUCUUCGAACAUUGCACUGUGAUGCCGGACGUGGAAUUUGGUGGCAAUGACUUACUUCAAAUUUACAAUACUCACAAGUUGAAAUCCAGACUAUUUUCAACCGGGAUGUUUGUGGCGUCCUCCAGACCAAAUGGAUUUACCCUGGAAAUAAACAAUCCAGACCCCAAUAUGGUCAUAACGGGAAUAAGAGUGCUGGUUGGUUCACAAGAUCCAAUGCGUGCGCCCCAGUCAGUUACAAUUUAUGGUCGCACAAUUCCAACAAUAGUGAAACGAUCAAGGUGGUUCGAUAUCCCUCUGACUCGAGAGGAAAGUUUACAAUCUGACAAGAAGCUGUCCGUGCUGUUUGGAAGGUCUCAGGAUCCUGAAAGUUUCACAAUGCUGGACGGUAUAAAAGUGUAUGGAAAGACCAAAGACGCAUUUGGCUGGCCUGAAGAGCCAGAAGAACCAGUGCUCAAUAAUACAGUAGGAGGCAGUGGCGCAUCCGGACCUCAAGGGGGAAUAAAUGGAGGUGCUGGUGGCAUUUCUUCCAACGAAGUAAAUAUCCAAACUGUCACCUUGUUAGAUAAGAUGGUCACAUCUAUGUUGGAAGUUCUUGAUAGUGGUCUUAGCCUCCUCGGAGGCUCUAAUGUCGAUCCUGCCACGAAGCAAAAAUCGAUAGCUGUUGCAAAAGAUUUGCUAUUAAUGCCAACACCCAAUCCAGUUCAAUUACAAACCAAAUGUGUCCUCGCUACGCUGUAUGGAAAUCGUUGGGUGUACCAUUCAUACAAAGACAAAGAAAUUCUGAAUUAUGUCAAUGUAGAACUCAAGAAAAUGGAGGAAGUAGAUAAUGUGCGAGAUAUAGACCCAGAAGCGUUCUAUCGCCUCAUUUUACUUACUCGUGGCAUAGCCGUUUCACGGCCUCAGAUCUUGACACGAAUGUGCAUUGAAAACGAAUUUAACAUUCUUCCGUUGUUGCUGAAUCUGACGAAAAAACUGUACAACGUAACACCGACUAUAGACGAGCCAACAUCUAUCGUGAAGUGUGGACUUUCUCAUACAGAAGCAAUUAUACAUUGCUUGAUCGAGAUAAUAUACGCUUUCGCAUUAUCUGAUUCGAAUCAAGUAGAUACUAUGACCAAGUAUCUUGUGGAACUACUUUUAGAUCCAUCUAAAAUCAUAAGUCACAGUGCCAAGGAGGCAAUGAUCAUUCUAAUGAGUCCGCGUGUUAAACGACGUAAGGUGGCAAUUGAUAGUCCGCCAGCAUGCUCAACUCCUACUCCUAUCUCAGUAGCAGGUGGAAGCGCAGGCCCGUCAACAUCAGCAGGUCCUUCGUCAUCGGCUAUUGCAACUUCUAGUGCCUCGUUGCAGUCGAAUGAGGACUUUGCAGCGGCCGAAGCAGAAGCCCUGGAGUCAAUGGGUUUAGAAGCUGCAGGGGGUAAUCCUCAACCGCUUGCUUCCUUGGAAGCAUUCCUAGGCAUUGGGUCUUUCCCUCAACUGCUAGAUCUUCAACAAGAUGGUGACGAUGAAGCUAUCAUGGACAUAGCUAUUGCAUUGAGCUUACAAGAACAUGAUGGUGAUAUGCAGUCGUUCCAACAAGGACUUGCCAAUUUGCAAGGUAUUCGAGGCCGAGCAUUACAAAGUUUACAGGCCCUAGGUGCAGCAGGAAGUGUAGGUGGAGAUACGAGCGCAUCUGCUGGAGGUUCGGAUGAUGAAGGAUCAAAUGCAGCCACCGAUGGUUCCACGUUAAGAACCUCUCCGGCCGAACAUGCAGGAAGUGGCGGAUCGGAAAGUGGUGGAAGCGGUGUCGAAAGUAUCGGUGGAGCAUCGGGUCGAAGUAGUACGUACGGUGAUCAACCUAACCCUUCGCCACCUCGUAGUGAAGCUCCUACACUACCGACUCCCGUUCAAGAAGCACCGAAUGCCGAAGAACCCGACGAAUCGGCAGACAAUGAAAACUUAGCCAAACUUCAUAGUCUGCGCUGCUCUAUUUUGAACAAAAUGGUGAAAAAUUUUGCAGCUUUGGAUUCAUGCAAUGGUCACCAAGCUGUACCUUUGAUGCAAGUUAUUUUAAUGCUGACGACUGAUCUGGAUGGAAACCAAGAAACCGAUCAACAAACACUCAACCAAUUACUAAACGCGUUAACAGAACGCUUGGAAAUAGUUCCAACAUCUCAAACUUCACAGAUGACUACCCGCAAGCCCAAAACCGAGGUGCAACUAGUUAUCCUCUACUUGCUUAGUGUACUCAUGGGCAAGACAAAAUCUUCAAAGGCAGCUGGAACCACUUCGCCGCCACAACAAUUCAAGGACAACGCUUCUUUCGUCGCUGGAACAACAGCCAAUGUCUUAAUGCGCUGUGGAGCUUUGCCGCAUUGCUUAGCGAUCUUGGAAUCUUUCCUGCCCUAUUGGAAAACCACAUCAAAUAACGAUGAAGUCUCCAACACCCCAAGUUCUGGAAAUGUUCCAAUCAUAACAACUGCUGGAGGUCCUCCUGCAAAUAACCUUUUGAAGCCGGUCAGCUACGGAUCAAAACCAGAUAUAUCGUCACUUUUCCCACAAAAUUUCAUCAAAAAUUUCGCUGAUAUCUUCGAGGCUUAUAACUCUCUUCUGACGGAGAUAGCUGUUCGGCUACCUUAUCAAAUAUUGAAAUUGUCGACGGCUCAUCCGUCAUCAUGGGAUUGGUAUCAUAAAUUCUGUGAAUCGGUUACGUACACGCUGUGCGAAUAUAUGAUGCUUACACUAUCGCCAGUUUUGAGGAGACAAGUACGCAAGUUGUUGAUGUUUAUUUGCGGUAAUAAGGAUAAGUUCCGAAUGUUCCGUGAUGGUCACUCGUUAACUGUUCAUAUGACUGCUGUGAAGUCGUGCUGCGAUUUGAAUUCAUCAAAGCAAAUUGGCUCGUCAAAUCAACCGAUACUUUCGUAUGACACUCUCGUGGAAUUCACCGAGCAUCUACGCGCUUGCCAUGAAAUUGCCACAGUUAGAACUGGAAACUGGCAAAAAUUCUGUGCAGGACACGAAGAUGUCAUUCCGACAUUGAUUCAAAUAUGCUGUUAUCAGUUGGAUGACGGAGUAUCACCGAUUAUCUUGCAACUCUUGCAGGCUGCUUUAUGCAACACAAAUGGCGUUAAACAGCCAGAAACAAAAUCUUCGGCAGUCAAGAGCAGACAAGAUCGCGACAAAUCUGAAGAGAGUGAAUACGCAUUAGACUCCAAAUUCGAUCCAUCGCAUUGCAGCACUUUUGUACAUCAAAUAUUCCAAUUAGUUCCCGAUCAACUCUUUAUGAAAUUCAUCAACCUAUUCUUGUUGGAAACGAACAUAACGUCGAUUAGAUGGCAAAUGCAUGCACUAUUAUAUGCUAUAUACGAGAACAGCAAUGAUAAACAAAAGGAACGUUUGAUAAAACAUUUAUGGGAUAUGUGGCCAUUGCUGCCUGCUUAUGGCAAACGAACAGCUCAGUUUGUAGAUAUUCUUGGAUACCUGACUCUGAGCACAAAAUCCAUAACAGAAAAGCUACCUGAAUGUACCGAGAAAGCAGUCUCUAUUCUGCGUCAACAGAAUGAAUUAUUAUCACGCCAUCCGAAUGCUCCAAUUUACACUGCUUUGGGACAAGUUCUUGAUCUGGACGGUUUCUAUUUAGAAUCGGAGCCAUGCCUUGUUUGUAAUAAUCCAGAAGUUGCGAUGUCAAACAUAAAAUUGGCAACUAUUAAAUCCGACUCGAAAUUUACAACAACAACAACCAUAGUGAAACUGGUGCAAAGUCACACUAUUUCGAAAAUUAUUCUUCGGAUCGCGGAUUUAAAGCGAACUAAAAUGGUACGAACCAUUAACAUCUAUUAUAACAACAGAACUGUGCAAGCCGUGGUUGAACUGAAAAAUAGGCCUUCUAUGUGGCACAAGGCCCGCAAAGUAACUUUACAGUCGGGACAAACUGAAGUGAAAAUAGACUUCCCACUUCCUAUCACUGCUUGUAAUUUGAUGAUCGAAUAUGCUGAUUUCUACGAAACAGUUGCCGGUUCAAGUGAAAGCUUACAAUGUCCAAGAUGCAGCGCUGCUGUUCCUGCAUAUCCAGGCGUUUGUGGAAAUUGCGGCGAAAAUGUAUUCCAAUGUCACAAAUGCCGCGCCAUCAACUACGACGAAAAAGACCCAUUCUUGUGCCAUGCCUGUGGCUUCUGCAAAUACGCUAAAUUCGACUAUACAAUAUACGGACGAGCGUGUUGCGCUGUGGAUCCAAUUGAAUCAGCUGAAGAUCGAGCAAAGACUGUCCAGACCAUUCAUUCAUUACUUGAAAAAGCGGAUCGAAUUUAUCGACAGUUGCAGGCAAAUAAACAGAUAUUGGAGUUGUUCAUUCAAAGAGUCGCGGAAAACAAAUUAGAGCGUGUGGGGAUCGACGAACCGAUUGGAACGGUGGGUUCAUCAUCUCAAGUCAACAAGGUGAUUCAGAUCUUGGCACAGAAAUAUAGUGUGGAAUCCAAGACAUCUUUUGAAGAAUUAAGCAAGGUCGUGCAAAAAGUGAAAGCCUGUCGAAGAGAACUGUUAGCAUAUGACCGCAGUCAGAUGGACUUAUCAACAAGUUCGUCCGACCAAAUGGUUAAUGAACCAGUUGCCGUCAAUCGUUGCUACGGAUGUGCAUUGGCUUCAACGGAACAAUGCCUAACACUUCUUCGUGCUAUGGCUUCAAACAUGACUUGCAGGACUGGUUUGUAUCGACAAGGACUUGUUGAAGAAUUGGCUCAGAAUAACCUGCGACGUGGAACAACCCAAAUUCAGGAUGAAGUUCGUCAGUUGCUUUGUCUUUUGACUAGAGAUCUGCCAGACGCUUGUAACAGUCUCUGCGGUCUCAUUCAUAAUCGAGUUAAAAUUGCUUUGAACGGAGUUGUUCCAUUGGCGAACUUGGACACUGCGAUCCGACAUGAAAUGGCUUUGCUUGAGGCAUUGGUCGCUCAGGAUGACACUUGUUGGGAGCUGAAAUUGAAAGUGGUCUUUGAACUGUUUUUGAUGGCUUGCAAAGAUAAUCGUGGACCAGCGAUCUCAGUAAUCCAACGCUGUUUGCGUAUCAUUCAAUCUCUUAUAUGUCCACUCCUUCCGACAAGUAAAUCCAAUAAGGAAAUGACAACUCAAGAGCUCACUACGUUGCAAAGUCUUGAUGGAAUCACUGUGGAUUACAGAAAGUGGUUGGCAAAUGAUGAACGACAUAGCUACGCUGCAUGGAAGGCACGAAUGCCACUCAUCCCAUCAUCAGAAGCAGCUGCCAAAGCAAAGAAAGCAGAUGAAAAACCAGCUCAGUCGUCACCAGCGGCUGCACAACAACAGACAAGUAACGGACACAAAGUGCAAAGAAUGUUUGGCGCAAUUCUCGAACACAAACGAGCUCAGUUUAGAAACUCUUACCUUUGCGAGAAAUACGGAAGACGCUGGAGAAAUAUCGUUUUGCAAAAAGGCGUACCUAGUCAACCAUUGCAGUUGACUGCAUCCUGGCUACAGCCUGUACUAUUCAACACGAACUCAAGAUUUGCCAGACAGUUGGCUUGCGCCCUGAUCACUUCGCUUAGCAGAACUCACGAUCGAAAACGAGAAAUCCUCAAUCUGCUCACAGAUUUCUUGAAAUAUAUUGGCGAAGCUGGAGAAGCGAGCGCUGAAUUUUUGAUUCUCUAUCGAUCCUUAACUGAUGAGACCCCUUGGCGACAAUAUUUAGCUCUAAAAGGUGUGCUGACUUUAAUAGCUGAUUUACUCACAGCGGAAAUUGAGAAAAUACACCGCCUUGAAGAAACUACGCUGUCUUCAGACCUCGCGCAAGGCUAUGCUUUGCGCCAGUUUGUCGAGCUUAUGUCGAUGUUCUUAGAAAACUCCGCUAUAAGGCAGUCGUACAAGGGUAAAUUGCUGGGUCCUGUUCUGCAAGGAUAUUUGUCUCUAAGGAAGCUAGUUGUUCAGCGAACUAGAUUGAUCGAUGAUGCACAAGAAAAGUUGCUAGAAAUGCUUGAGGAAAUGACCAGUGGAACAGAAGAGGAGACCCGAGCAUUCAUGGCGAUUCUGAUCGACACAGUCCGAAAAACUCCUCUGAAUGACAUCAAAACUCCUGUUUUCAUUUUCGAACGAUUAUACUCCAUAAUUCACCCAGAAGAGAACGACGAUGGAGAGUUCUUCCUGACCCUAGAAAAGGAUCCUCAACAAGAAGAUUUCUUGCAAGGCAGAAUGUUGGGUAACCCUUAUCCAUCCACUGAAGCUGGUCUUGGACCUUUAAUGCGAGACGUAAAAAAUAAAAUUUGCACGGAUUGUGAGCUAAUCGCUCUUCUAGAGGACGACAAUGGAAUGGAGUUGCUCGUAAACAACAAAAUAAUAAGCUUAGAUCUCCCAGUGAAAGACGUUUAUAAGAAGAUCUGGCUGGCGGAAGGGGGAGAAAGGGAUGCUAUGCGAGUAGUUUACCGAAUGAGAGGAUUGCUUGGUGAUGCGACUGAAGAAUUCGUUGAGACGCUGAAUAAUAAGAGCCAGGAAGAGGUAGACAACGAACAGUUGUACCGUAUGGCAAAUGUGUUAGCUGACUGUGAUGGAUUGAAAGUGAUGUUGGAUCGGAUCUCAAAUCUUCAAAACAUAACCCGUACACGAGAGCUUGUCCAGGUUUUAUUGAAGUUAUUCUUGCUAAGUGUGAAAGUUCGAAGGUGUCAAGAAGUUUUGUGUCAACCGGAGCUUGAGGCUAUAAACACAUUGUUGAAGGUUUUACAACUUUGUAUGCAGUCAGAGAAUGAUGCUCAGCAAUCCUCCAUAACCGAACAACUUUUGGAGAUAAUGGAAACGAUUCUAUCGAAGGCCGCUAGCGACACUUUAGACUCUUUCUUGCAGUUCUCAUUAACGUUCGGUGGUCCUGAGUACGUCACAGCGUUGAUUUCCUGCACAAACUGUUCGAAUGUCCGUAAUAGUCCUUCAGUUCUCAGACACCUGAUUCGUGUUCUCGCUGCUCUAGUUUAUGGAAAUGAAGUGAAAAUGGCUCUGCUUUGCGAACAUUUCCAGAGUACAUUGGAUUUCAAUAAAUUCGACUCUGAUCGCACGGCAGAAGAUGAGUUCAAGAUGGAACUGUUCUGUAUUUUGACUAACCAAAUCGAGCACAACUCUAUUGGAGGGACCCUGAAAGACUACAUAGUUGGCUUAGGAAUCGUCGAUCGUGCAAUUGAGUAUAUUAUCAAAUAUGCUCCCUGUGUCAAACCCACACUUCUUCGAACCGAUUCUGACGAGCUGAAAGAAUUCAUUUCGCGUCCAAGUUUAAAGUACAUUCUACGUUUCCUGACUGGACUUGCAAACAAGCACGAAGCAACCCAAGUGGCUGUUUCAAAGGACAUAAUUCCGAUCAUACAUCGUCUGGAGCAGGUUUCUAGCGACGAACAUGUGGGGAGUUUGGCAGAGAAUUUGUUGGAAGCGUUAUGCACUGAUGCAACCACAGCAGAGAGGGUUCAAGAGGUUCGGGACUUUACACGAGCAGAAAAGAAGCGUCUUGCAAUGGCUACGCGAGAGAAACAGUUGGAUGCGCUUGGAAUGCGAACCAACGAAAAGGGUCAAGUGACAGCCAAGGGCUCAAUUCUUCAGAAGAUCGAGAAACUUCGUGACGAGACUGGACUGACGUGCUUCAUCUGCCGCGAAGGGUAUGCUUGUCAACCUUCGAAAGUACUUGGUAUCUACACUUUUACAAAACGAAUUAACGUGGAAGAGUUUGAGUUGAAAACUAGGAAGACGCUAGGAUAUACAACUGUUACACAUUUCAACGUAGUUCACGUGGACUGCCAUACAUCUGCGAUACGAUUGGCGCGAGGUAGGGACGAAUGGGAGCGUGCAAGUCUGCAAAACGCAAACACACGUUGCAAUGGUUUGCUUCCUCUUUGGGGCCCGGAUGUUUCAGAAACAGCAUUUUCAACCUGCAUAUCACGCCACAACAGCUACAUGCAGGAAAGCACGCAACGAUGCGAUAUCACCGUUUCAAGUUCCAUACACGACUUGAAACUGUUGCUUAUUCGUUUCGCUUGGGAGAAGAGUUUCCAUGAGGACGCCGGUGGCGGAGGACCACAAUCGAACAUGCAUUUGGUCCCUUACCUUCUUUUCUACGCACUUUACCUUCUCUUGUCUUCGAGGUCAUUUUCACGAGAAGAGAAAACUCUCACGACGUACUUGAACCAAGCACCGUCAGACAAAUGGCUGGAGACUGCGUAUGAUGUCGAAGGUCCUCUAUAUCAGUUAGUCUUGUCCCUCGCACUACAUACUCCAGACUUGUGGCGUAAAAACAAACUCGCCCACUUGAAACGAUUGUUUGUGAUUGGUCAUGCUCGUCAUAUUAGUCCCAAUGUUCUGUGCAAAGCACUUCUAUCGAGCAAUGAUCGUCAAGUGAAAGAUUAUUCCGUAUACAAACCGUAUUUGAUGAUAUGGGCUUUGAUCGACUUGAGCUACAGGUAUCUUUUCAAGGGGGUAACAACUCCCAAAGAGGAAGACUGGCCUAUCUCGCUCUUCGACUAUAUUCGACGUAAUGACGAAGCAAUGCUUAAAUCGACCGACACGAUUCUACAGACAUUCACGGAGGAGUACCUUCCGUGCACAUCUUUCGCUGAGUUUUGCGAUGUUGCUGAGCUUUUGAACGAUAUCGAGAAUCCGGACGGCUUUUUGACUGGUAUUCUGCAAUCUAUGCCAACAUCGUCUGCUGCUUAAAAUUUCAGUUGCGCUAUUUCGGUUGAAGUUUAAAAAUAAACCUGAUAAACUAUUUAACCACAAUAUAUUAUUUAUGCGGUAACUCUUGAAUUUGUAGUCACAUGUUGCUAUUAUAUCAAAUAUAAACUUAAAAUAUUCACCUUUAAAAUGGA